AUUACGAAGCCGACUCUCAUUGCCAGCAGCAUUUCAGCUUGUGUGUUUUUUGGCUUUGGCUCUCUCAGUGUUUUGUUUCUGCUUUUUGCUUUGCUUUGCUUUGCUUAACUGCUCUGCUCUCAGUUCGUUUUCAACGCGCAUUCAAGGCGGACGUCUAAUUUUUUCGUGUCGUGAAGCGUUCAUUUUUUGUCGCCAACGCGUCGCCGUCGCUCGGAGUCGGAGCCUCAAAACAUUCGCAUUUUGUUACAGAUUUAAAUGAGUUUCAAGUGCCAAAAGCAUUAAAUAUUAUUUGCUUAGUUAAUUGCAAACUGCAGUGAGUAAACAAAAGCAAAUAAAAAAUCUGGACGAAGUCGGCAAAAAAAAAGAAAAGGAAACAAAACGGACACAGGUUCCUUUUACGAGUGUGUGAGUGAGUGAGUGUAUGUGUGUUUUUGUUUGUUGUUAUUGUGUUUGUAGCUGUUGUUUCGUAUUAGGCAAGCAGCAAAACGUGAAAUGCAAAUUACAGCAAUAAUAAUAACAACGGCAACAGUAACAACAGCAACAAAAUCGACGACAACAAAACACUUUCGCGUGUGAGAUAAAACGAAAAUUGCGCGCCAAAAAAUCAGCAGCGAAACAAAAGGAUUUAAAAAUCACGCACACACACAACAACAGAGAAAAAAGAAGAUAAAUACCAAUACAAACAACAAGGCACGCACGAGCAGCUGAGAGAGCAGAAGCAGUCGAUAAAGCAACAACAAAAAUAACUGCGCUAGCAGCAUCAACAACAACAAUCAAAACAGACGACGAAAACGAAAACCAAAAAGAAAUUCCAGUUUUAUCUUGCGCCGCCAAAUUCACCACAGCAAAGGACGUUGAGAGAAGGCGACGACACUUGAAGCAUUUUGUCGUCUGAGUCGUGAUACAACGCCGCGCGCACAGAGCUUGACUGAGAUCGAUACAGCUGGCACCACAAUGAUGUCCAUGUCGAGUUCACCGCCAGCCACGCCCACCGGUGUGCAGACCGAUUCCGAUGGUCUCAUAUUGCCAAAGAAACUGAUCAAUCCCUGCAUGGAGAGCACCGAUCGCAAGGAGCUGCAUCGCGAGCUCAAGUUCAAUGCGAGAAUUGGCAAGAGCGUGUUGAACCAGAAGACGGAGCUGCAGCGAGCGUAUGAGAAGCAAAAGGAGCGACAUGCGGCGGCCGAGCAGCAUUCACCGGAAGCGGAACUGGUUGGCGGGAUACCCGGACUGAAGGGGGAGCUGGGACGUGUGAUCAUGGAGCGGGCCCAGAAGCACGAGGCGGCAGCCCAGCGACAGGAUGCCGAGGAGGCUGAGGAGCGUCAGUAUGUGAAUCCCGAGUAUCUGAAUGUGCGUGCCAAGCUGCGUACGGCGCAUGCGCCCAAUUAAACUAAGCUAAAUCAAGAAAAACAAACAACAAACAAAACAAAACAAAA